CAAUCUAUUUACUCAAACGAUGGGGGGCAGAAAUAACAAGGGCAAAGCUAUACUUAACGAUCCGAAAUAUGCUCCUCAACAUAAGUUCUUGCAAGAGUACAUUGUGGAAACAAAGGAUAUUGACCAGCACACGAAGAGAGAAAAAGAUAUUGACGAGAGGGGUGACAAUUUAUACAAACAGAUAGGGGAACAUGGUAGAAUUGUUGUGGACACAGAAAAAACUGCACAGGACUUGAAGAAUUUCUUGCAAAAGAGGUUCAACGAAAACAAUCCAUGGAGAGGAACUGUGUGUACUAAAUAUGCAGAUCCGCGUGACUCUGCCGCGACGCAUAAACUGGACAAAAGAAUUUACGAGCUGGAGAAAAUAUACGGGGAGUACAUUACGUUCAAGUAUAGUUCCGUUCGGCCAUAG